AUCUCAUCAAUCUCAUCUGAUCUAGUUAGUUCAGACGAAUUGAUCUGAUCAAGUCCACCCAAAUCCACCAUGUCAUCCUCAACAACAUCAACUCCAGACUCAAACAUCAACCAUGCCUCUGCCCUACAAUACUGGAACAGCAUGCCCGCGACAGUAAACGGUAUGCUAGGCGGCUUCCCGCAAGUCUCGCGAAUCGAUCUCCGCGGCUCAGCGAAUUUUCUAGCUAAGAUUCGACGACUUAUUCAAAUUGAACAGGCUGAUACAGAUACAACGGCGGGACAAUCCGGGCAGAGAAAGAGCAAAAAAUUGAAAAGAGGCGCUGAUUGUGGUGCGGGUAUUGGACGUAUCACAGAGGGAUUUUUGAGGAAUGUGUGCGAAACGGUUGAUGUAGUUGAGCCGGUUGAAAAAUUUGCAGAGGUUAUUCGGAACGGUCUUUUGACGAGGAAAAAAGAGGAGGGAAAUAGCGCGGAAGAACGAGAAGAUGAAGGACUGGUAGAAAACAUCUACAUAACCGGACUCGAAAACUGGAUUCCGACAGAAAAAUACGACCUAAUUUGGAAUCAAUGGUGUGUUGGGCAUUUAACCGACUCGCAAUUAACGACAUAUCUCCAACGAGCCGCGAAUGCAUUGACGGCACAUGGGAUACUAGUGCUCAAAGAGAAUAAUUCUACGGAUCCCGAAGGGAGAGAUAUAUACGAUGAAGUUGAUAAUAGUGUUACGAGGACGGAUGAGUCUUUCCGAAAAAUAUUCAAGGAUGCAGGACUGACUCUAAUCAAGGCGGAGGAGCAGUUGGGGUUUCCGAGACAUCUAGGCUUGUUGCCUGUUAGGAGUUAUGCGUUACGGCCUAAUAAGAACGAGUAUGAUACCGUUGAUGCGCCGGAAGAAUAA